CAACACUGAUGCGGAAUUACCUAUGUAGAACCAUAUGUGCGAGCGUGACAACCAUAUGAACAACAUGCGUACUUUGAUCUGGCAGCACAGAAACGAGUACAGCUCCGAAUACACGUCGUUUUGCCAAAAGCGUAGCAGGCAGCAAAUGAAAAAAAUAUAAAUGAGGAAAAAAUUUCGUGAAAUAAGAACGACAAAUAUACCAAGCGCGACCCACGCCGCUAUAGUGAAAAUCGUCAGAUUUAAUAAUUGCGUGCAUUGUGUAAGCGUAUGAAAUUCGACCACCCCCCUUGAACGCGAUAUAGCCAUACAUAUAAAGGAAUCAAGUGAAGUAAUUGCAACGGUUACAGUGGCCAAAUUGUAAUGCAGCUGGUCUGGCAGUAGCGUCCAAUAAGUAUGGCACCAGCGCUAACAGCGGAGCCACUGAGUCCCAAGGAGAAAUUAACAAGCAACGCCUCCCCCGCCACAGGGACACGAAAGUCUGUCCGCAAACUGGAGUCACCCAAUGUCAGUGGCGGCGGCGGCAGCGGCGGCAACGAUACGGCCAAAAAGCCAACAACAGCAACUGUUGCAGCAACAGGAGUAGCAACAAUAACAACAAUAACAACAACAGCUGGAGUUGCUGCGACGACGACGACGCGAGUGACACGCUCCAAGGACGCAGCACAGCGGAUUGGUUCGCCUGUUGUGCCCGUGACGGCGAAUAAGCGUAAAUCCAGCAACAACAACAACACACACAACAACAAGAACAACAAUAGUAGUUGUAGUAGUGGCAGUGGCAGCGAAGUUAAACCAGGUAAUGAUCAAAUGGGCCUAAGCGCCGCUGCAACACAUACAAGCACCGACGGCAACGCAGCUUCCACCAGCAACAGCAGCAGCAGCGACGCGACAGCCGCAACGUCAGACGCCGCUGCCGACGCUGCUGCCGCUGUCAACGCCGUCGACGAGCACAACAACAACUGCAAGGAUAAUUCAACGGCUGAGCUGCUGGCGAAUCUGACAAACGACUUUGAGGAGGCAAUCACAGCAGAAAUUUGCCUACGUAAAACACUGCCCGAGGUGAGCCUAAGCAAGGAGCAACCAGCUGCAGCUACAGCGACAGCUGAUCCAGCCCAGCUGACUGAGCCCAUGUCCAUGUCUGAAGCUUACUCCCAGUCGUCGACGAGCAGCGCAGCAGGAGCAGCAUUACCUCAAUCCCUACCAGCAACAGCAUCAUUACCACCACCACCACCAUUGUCAAAAACAGCAGCAGCUACAGUCACAUCGGAGUCACCACAGUUGUUGGAGCAACAGCAGCAGCAGGAGGGAUUCCCUGGCAAUGACAUCAGCAGCUUAGAACGGACAUCGGUGCCAGUCGAAGAAGAUGCUGCCAAAAUUCUAGACAAUAUUGAGGAACGCCUGAGUCAACUCGAUGGAAGUCCCGUCGCACUGCCGCCGAUUGUGGAUAUUAGCGCUGCAACGCUGGAGGCCAGCGUUGAGUUGCCGACGACACGCUGCGUGCAGCAGUUGCCGCAGCCGGAGCAGGCACAGUCACUGCCGCAGCCGGAGCAGGAACAGCCUCAACAGGAGCAGUCACAGCAGCUGCCGGAGCAGGAGCAAUUACAGCAGCAGCAGCAGCAGGAUAUACUUGCCUCACCACAGCACUUGGCUAUCCGACAGCCAGGAGCGGUACUAACGCCACAGAGCACCGCCAGUUCGAUUAAUUUCCUUAAGGAUGGCGCUGCUGGUGCCGUGCUGGAGGAUCAGGAUAUUGAGGAAGUGCUGAAAGCGCUCAAAAAUCUCGAUGGCACUCAUGUGAAUCCGGAUAUCUGUGAUUUUAAUUUUUUCAACGAAGUCUGUUUCCUCAACAAUGAGGAGGAGACAGCUGCAGCAUCUGGUGUAGCUGGAGCAAGUACAACAGCGCCAGAAGGAGGCAGCAUCAGCAUGAGCAGUAGCAGCCUCGUUGCCCACAAUCUCGACGUGGAGGAGUCAUCACCCAAGGCAAGUUGCAGUAGCAGUAACAUCAACAUUGUUGCACCCAAGCCACGUCCCUGGCAGGAAUGUCAUGCCGAAUUGGAGCAGCAACAGAAUGUUCUGGUUCGCAAGAUUGAUUUUCUGCUGCGGCGCAUGCGAAAGUUUCAGGUGCGUCAGAUGUGUCGCCAUGCCAGCGAUGAGGUGGCCGGCAUAUUGGAGUGGUCGGCAAGGUAUUCCAAUAAGGCAUCGCCAGGGGCACCGGUACGAAGUGCAAAGCUAACCGAACAGGAGGACACAGUGCUAUCGAUUGUCUCCGGACGGCCGGGCAACAGUUUCUGGGAGGAGCAAACCAAACAACCACUGCCCGCCACCCAAAUGAGCAAUGUCAUCCGUCACAUUGAGACGGCAGCGCGUAAGCAACAAAUCUGUCAUACAAUUGGCGGCGGCUCCGCAUCGCUGGCAUCUUCCUCAUCGUGGUACAGCAAUGCUGCCCAGCCGGGCAAACGUUCCCGCAAACUGCAGAACAUGGAUGCCAUUGCCGGCAGCAACAAUACAGAUUCAAUUGUAAUGCCACGUGCCGAUGAAAUCGUGCCCAAUUAUGACAACUAUGUGACCAGCGAGUUAACUCAUGUGGCGGGUCUCUUGCAUACGGAAAUGCGUGAGGUACAAAAUGCCAUCGACUCGGAUGCCACAGAGUCGAGCUCUGGCGGCGAAUCUGCCGAUGAGAUGGUCAACUACAAUAAUUCCCAGCAGUUGUCCUUGUCAAUAACGCGUCGAGCCGUUUGGCGUUAUUCGAGAGAUCGUGCCGCUAUAGCGCUACGCUGGUCCUGGCUGUGCGCCCAGGUGGCCGAUCUGGACAUGAAGAUACGCCAGCACAACGAUGUGUACAAUGAUUUAUGUCGCACCAAGGGUGAUGUAAUGUUGGAAUCAACAACAGCGCCUAAAAACGGCUACAAGGAGACACAAACACAACCGCCGUCAGUUGAGCUGCCGCCUGGAGCUGAGAUGGAACAGCAGCCGCCAGCGGAUUGGCUUUGCAGUCGCACUCGUCCCUUAGUGCUGUCCGAGUUUCGUAAGCGUAAACUCUUCCAGACAAUCAACAUGCACACAAUAUCAAAGAAGGCGGCACGGCCGAGCAACAUUAAAUGCGGUUGCCAAUGGCCGCAGGUGCCAUGUACGCUUUGCACUGGACGCCCGGAUCCGACGGCCCCGCGAGAACUGCCGGAAACGUUGAUGCCACAGAAUCGUGUUGCGCUGCUCGAUGCCAGCUAUCAUCCGGUGCUGAGCUUUACCGAUGAUGUCUGUCAAUCGUUGCACCUGGAGGCAAUUAGUCGACAGCCGGAUUGGCAGUAUCGGGUGAUGCGUAGCCAGGCCAAGGCGAUUGUCAAGGGUGUUUGGAAGGCGGAACGCGAGGCGAUUGCAUUGAGCGGUGGCGGUGGUGGUGGUGCUGGUGGUGCCGGUCGUCGUCCUGGCGAGACAGUCAAGCGUCGUUAUGUGCGACGCAAGGAGCGCAAUAACAACAACAAUAGUAAUAGCAAUCGAAGCAGCAGUAAUAUAAACAACAAUAAUAAUAAUAAUAACAACAACAACAUUAACAAUAAUAACAACAACAAAGAAUCAACAACAACAACAACAGCCCCAACAACUGCAACAGCAACAGCAAUACAAAGUGGCACUGGAGGUGGUGGAUUGGAUAGCGGAAACGGUACUGGUACUGCAACUACUUCUUCUUCUUCUACGCCUACUACAACGCCACUUGUGGCCAACACAGUGGCAGUCAAAAGGCAACGUCAGUCGGUCAAGACGAGUGGGAACGGAAGUUUAAACUCGCCGUUGUCUGAUCCCCAACAACAACAACAACAACGCAACAACAACAACCAGCAAAAUAAUCCCUCACUGAUCUCCAGAGGCAAUGGCAAUGGCGCUAAAAAGCCACGUAAAUCUGCCUCAAAGCAACAACAACAACAACAUUCAGCACAUAACACUAACAACAACCACAACAACAGUCAACCAGCAAGUGGGGCUGAUAGCACCACUCGAUUUCCAGCUGAUUCCCAAUGGGAACAGUCACAAAGUCGCCGCAAUUCCGCCGAAACUCACGGGCAUCGUAAUGAACGCACUGCAGAAAGACGUAGUCGACUCAUCUAUGACAUUGAUAACAUCGUGAUACCCUACAGCAUGGCAGCACAGACGCGUGUGGAGAUCUUGCCCUACAAGGAGAUACCAACGCCUAAGUGGCGCAUUGUGGACAGUGAUAAUAAGAAUAAGCAACAACAUUCGACGGAUGAAAAGCUGAGCAAUGGCUGUGCUAACCAAGCCGAAGCGGAAACGGAGUCGCCUUUAAGCCGGGAAGCCGUGACGGCAACAAUGCCAGCCGAUGAAGUAACAGCAACCUCAACACCCGCAGCAACAACAUCGAAAGAGAAGCAGGAGGCUGUAGGAAAAGUAAAUGGCUUAACAGCAACAACAACUUCACCCGCAGCAACAACAUUAAAGGAUAAGCAGGAGACUGUGAGCAAAGUUAAUGGCUUAAAGCAGUUGAGCAAAAAGAAGUCACUGCCAGAGAUUGUUAAGCAAUCGGAUCAAUCACUCAGUAAUGGAUUGGCUAAUGGAAAUGCACAGCAGGCAGAGGCUUCAGAAGAGGAGCAACUGAGUCAGCCGACAACAGUCAAUGGCAAAAUCCAAAGGAACAAUAAUAAAAUCUCUGUGAAAUCUCUUACGCCUGCUUCCGCUGCAGCUAUUACUUCUACUCCCGCUACCAUUUCCACUCCCACACCAACUGCUGCUAGCCAAGAUGCAAAACCAUUAACUGACGAAGUUGAGCCGCCCAAGAAGCGACCAAAGUUGCAGCUAAAGGAGAAAACAAAGCCAUCAACGUCACCAAAAUCAAUACCGACAGCAGCCGAAGUUGCAGUCGAUGCUGAUGAGGAGGAGGAAGUGGAGGACAUUUCGGAUGAGGCGUACAUUGUGCGUCAUCAGCGUGCGCUCAUCGAGGAGCGACGUCGCUUCGAGACAUACUUAAGAUUCCCCUGGAGCACACGUUCCCGCGCCAAUCGACGUGCCGACAGUCGAGCAGAGUCGAGUGGCGCCAAUACGCCAGAUCCUGCGUCGCCGGCAGCUCCACAGCUAGCUGGACCGACCGGUAUGGACAACGAGAGCAUUCCCUCACCCUUGGCACAAACGAUGCUGCAGAAUCCGCUUGAUGGAGUCAAUGCUGAAGGUGAAUUGGCAACGACAAUGACAACAACAAAAGGAAAACGUCAAGAGCGUCGUCGUACCACUUCCAGCAAAUUGAAGGAUCAAGAUCGACGCAGUGCAACACCAGACACUAGAGAGUUGCCUCAACUUCCUUUGGAUCCACCACCGUUUGAGCCGCUGCAGUUUCCGCUCUCCAAAGACGUCUAUCAACGUUUGUUGGCCGAGAUGAACAUCGAGCCAAAGGCGCCGAGAUUAUCGCUCCCGGUAACUGUCAAUACCAAGCGCACAAAAAGUAAAUCGGUAUCCUCCAAUGGUGGCGAUGGCAACACAACAGCAACAACAGCAACCAACUCGAGCAGUCGACGCAGCAGCAAAGCCAAGGCCACAAAUGCCAGCAAGUUGGCACAGACAACGACAACGAUGUUAAUGACACAGCGUCUAAAUGGUGGCAAGAAUGCACAACGUGCAACAGCACAAUUAAAUGGUGGCAAGCAUGUUUAUGACAAUGGCAUUGUCUAUGGGCCAGAGGAUGAUGACGACGACGAGGACGAUGAGGAGGAGGAAGAGGAGGAACUGCUGCUUGAGGAGGAUGAUGAUUAUCAUUAUCUGGCACCGCCGGAAGAUGAUCAAUUGCCAUCUGGCAUUGGCGAUGAUGCGAAUCUGUACAAUGCCAGCAUCGAUGCGUAUUUGGGCGAACAGGAGGGACUCGACGAGGAGGAGCUGGCCGAUGAUCCGUUCAUGGACGACGAUCCCAAUGAUCCGGAAUGGAAGCGCAGUGUUGCCGUUCGCAAUGAACGCAUGCGCAGGAGAGUUUAGGCGGAGAGAGAGAGAGAAAGAGAGCAAAAUACGAGUAGCGAGUGGAAAGCAGCGAUAAUAAACAUAAUUGGCGAGUGGAGAAUAGCGAGCAGCAAAGUGAAACCAGUUAACUAAUCCAAAGUUAUUAAGAACGUUGUAAAAUGAAUAUCAAUACUUUUUUUUUAAAAUAAUUCGUCAACAUUUUUAAAGAAUUCGCUUCAAAUGCCAACACAAAUUUUAACUUGUUUUAAACGAUAUUUUUUGUUUUUAUUAAAACGCCGCAACGAGUUCCAUAAUUCAAUUCAAAACUGAACUCGGGAACGCAUAUAACAUUGCAAACAUAUUUUGUAAGCAAUUUCUAAGUUAUUUAGUUAUAAAAGAGAACAGAGAAGAUAAGAAGAAGAACACAACAAGCAACACACACACACCCACAUCCACAAAUAAACACAUAAAACAAAAAGAAAGAAAAACUCGUGAAAAUAUUCAAUGUAAAUACAAAAUUAGGAGAUAAUAAGAGAAGUUAUGUAUGUAUGAAACUAAUGGAUAAAGCUAAUGAUAAUGAUAAUAUUAAUAACAUAGUUUAACACACACACAAACACAUAAGUUUCAAGAAGGAAAACAACAACAAAUAAACAAAAACUCACUUGGGCUACAAGUCAAAAGUGCGCAAUGUUUUAAAUA